UGCUGCCCCAGCUGCUAUGGGGAGGGCACAGAGGGCCGGUGCUGAGCCCCUUGGGGUGCAGUGAGGGAGAAGGGCUGGCGGUGUCCUGCUGGGAAGGUGCCCGGAGGAGGAGUCUGUGCUGGAGGAGGGCGCAGGGGAUGCAGAGGCAGGUGCACGGCGGGACGCAGCCACGGCCUGCAACUGGAGGAGCCCCGCAGGCUCUCCCUGGCCUCCUGUUAAUGUUUACAAGGGCUGUCCAAAGAACAGAUCCCUCCCCGGGAUCCUGCUUCCUGCCAGCCUGGGCAGGGUGACGACAGCUGCACAAAGGAAAACCCUCUGCUCCUGCUGCCCUGAGAGUCCACUGCAGCUGCAGAUGAGUAAUGCCACCCAUGCUUGGUCCUCUCCUGCGGCACCCAGCUCUCCAGGGCCGGGCACAGCUGCCAGGCUGGCCUCCGCCACCCCAUCCCCAGCCCUCACCCUGCUCACAGCUGCCCACAACGACUCCCAGGAUGGCCAGCAGCUCUUCCUGACCACAAUAACAGCACGGGUCAUCUCCGGCAUCUUCGUGUGGUCGGCGCUCAUCGUCACCUUCCACCAGAUCUACAUGCACCUGAGGAACUAUACCAUCCCCAAGGAGCAGCGCUACAUCAUCCGCAUCCUUUUCAUUGUGCCCAUCUAUGCCUUCGACUCGUGGCUCAGUCUCCUGCUCCUUGGCAGCCACCAGUACUAUGUCUACUUCGACUCAGUGCGCGACUGCUAUGAGGCUUUCGUGAUUUACAGCUUUCUGAGCCUAUGCUUUGAGUACCUCGGUGGGGAGAGCACCAUCAUGACUGAGAUCCGAGGGAAACCCAUUGCGUCUAGCUGCUUGUAUGGGACCUGCUGCCUUCAGGGCAUGUCCUACUCCAUUGGGUUCCUGCGCUUCUGCAAGCAGGCCACGCUUCAGUUCUGCAUUGUGAAACCCCUCAUGGCAAUUGUCACCAUCAUCCUGCAGGCGUUUGGGAAGUACCACGACGGGGACUUCAAUGUCCGAAGCGGCUAUCUCUACAUCACCAUCAUCUACAACUUCUCUGUCAGCCUGGCUCUUUAUGCCCUCUUCCUCUUCUACUUCGCCACCAUGGACCUGCUGCGCCCUUUUGAGCCGGUCCUCAAGUUCAUCACCAUCAAGGCUGUCAUCUUCCUCUCCUUCUGGCAAGGGACACUGCUGGCAAUCCUGGAGAAAUGCGGGGUGAUCCCCGAAGUUCAGAUCAUCGACGGGAAGGAGGUGGGAGCUGGGACAGUGGCUGCUGGAUACCAGAACUUCAUCAUCUGCAUUGAGAUGCUCUUUGCUUCCAUUGCGCUGCGCUACGCUUUUAGCUGCCAGAUGUACAGAGAGAAGAAAGAAAACUCAACAGCAAACCUUGCCCCGAUGCAGAGCAUCUCGAGUGGGCUGAAGGAGACAAUGAGUCCACAGGACAUUGUGCAGGAUGCCAUCCACAACUUCUCACCCACCUACCAGCAGUACACCCAGCAAGCCAUGCAGGAGGCAGAGCGCAAGGCGCCGGACGAGAACGGGCACGUGGCCUGCAGGGCAGAGGGAGCAGGAGGCAGGAAGAGCAAAAACAUCGAGAAGAGAGUGCUGAUCCUGUCGGAUGAGGAGCUGUAGGAGAUAUCCGAGGGGACAGAGACAUUGGAGAGGCUUAAAUGCAAGGAAGGGGGGACUUUUGAGGCUGUGACAACCUGCUCACAUUGGCAUGCUGGAAGGAGGAGAGCCAGGAACUCAACUCAUAAAGCCAGUUCCUAAAAGGGAAGAUGCAAUAACCAGGGAAAGGUUAAAAUAGUGCCAGCUUCUGACUCAUCUCCGAGGUGUUAGGGACUGUGCUCUUUGCUUUACUGCCAGUCUGGGUGCCAGCCCUGUGCCCAUACCCCUGCUGGGUUCCCAGUGAGCCAGGACCACCCCAGUGCCGUUGGACAGACUGGCCUCCUCACCCUGCUCUUACCUGCAAACAGCACCGAGACCUGACAAAAAUGCUUUUCUCAGCACAGUUCUGCUCUAGUUUCUCCUGAUUUGGGUAAAAAAUGAUCUCCAGGGCCCCAUGGAGAAAAGCAGUGCAGGAAGGUGACUUCAAUUCACCUCAAAACCUGGUAACAUUUGAAAGACAUCAUGCCUUAUUUCUAUGUUUUCCUCUCUACUUCCCCUCAAAAAGCCCACAGAGUUGUGCAGGAGCUCUUUACCAGGAGGAAGAGCAGCUCAUCCUCCUCGGCCUCCAGAUGGGGAUGCAGCUGCUGGACCAGAUCUCCUGGGAUCAGCAGUGGGACCUCUCCUGGACCUCACCGCACGGUCUUGCAGCUGCAUUCCUGAAAGCUGCAGUGACAGAGGAGCUUGUUUAUGUCUGAACCCAUUUAUCUGCAAGUGGAUCAGGAGUUAAAAGGGAUUCCAGCUUUCUUAUCAGAGCCAUUAUUAGGGAACCAGACUGUGACUGGUGGUGGUAGGAAUGCACCGACUGGGAACUGUCUGUUCCUCCUAACUCCUCUCCAUCCCCUGUCCCUACCCUGCAUGUAAGAAGCAAGUGCUGCAAGACCAGAAUCAGCGGAUGCUGGAGGCCCUGGGGAGCUCAGCUGCAUUGAGGGCUGUGUGAGCCAUUUCCCAGAGCACCACAGCAUCCCACAAAUCCAUCACCCUGCCUGGGCUCUGAGAAGGCACGUGGGGCUGAGCCCGACAGAUUUUCUCUGUCCUUCUGCUAAACUUCCUCUCCAGUUUUAUUUUCUUCUAUUUCUGUUCCCCUGCUGUUAAUCAGAUGAUCCCCUUGGGAACUUCUUUGGGCACCAGCCAGCUGUUGGUUGGGGUGGGAGCUGGGCAGUGGAAGGACAGGGGCAAGUCUGGAGCCUUUGAUUUGCAGUCACAUGGCAAACAAGCCUAUGGGUGAGGCUUAUAGCUGUUUUACAGCUCCUAGUGUUGUUUUAUUCCCUGCUCUUGAGCUGCAAAGUGUAAAUUGCAAGAGGAAAUUAUUUAUGAUUUUUUUUUCUAAUAAACAGCAAUUUCUACUA